AGCAUGUUGAAUUCAACUUCUUCAUCUUUUCCUUAUUUCAUCCUUGGAGCUUAUUUGGAGGUUGGAAAGUUAAAGUACUUGUACUUUGUGAUUACUUUCCUGUCUUAUGUUGCCAUCAUUGUUGCCAACACGUCCAUCAUCGCAGUGAUCUGCUGCACCAGGAGCCUCCAUGAACCCAUGUUCCUGUUCCUGCUCAGUCUGUUUGUGAACGAGCUGUACGGCAGCACCAGCCUGUUCCCGGUCCUGCUGCUCCAGGUCCUCUCUGAUGUUCACACCAUUCCUGUUCCGCUCUGCUACCUGCAGAUCUUCUGCUUGUUCUCAUAUGUAAAUGUUGAGUUCUGUAACCUGGCCGUCAUGUCUUAUGACAGGUACGUGGCCAUCUGUCAUCCUCUAGAAUACAACACCCGUAUGUCAGCCACCACAGUGAUGGUCUUAAUUGUGGUGGUGUGGUUUUACAGCUUUGUCAAAGUUGUUAUCACCUUAUGCCUGAACUUGCGCCUGACGCUGUGUGGGAACGUCAUCAACGGCGUGGUCUGCCAUAACUACCUGGUGGUGAAGUUGGCGUGUUCUGACGUCACGUUCAACAACAUUUAUGGACUGUUCGGUACCGUCCUCACCCUCUUAGUCCCUCUGCUUCCAAUCCUGUUUUCUUACAUGAAAAUCCUCCGAGUCUGUUCUGCUGCUUCCACACAGACCAGGAGGAAAGCCGUCAGCACCUGCACGCCUCAACUCACCUCCCUCCUAAAUUUUUCUCUUGGCUGCUUGUUUGUGAUGCUGCAGAGCAGGUAUGAUAGCACCGGUUCUCCCAGUGUGCUGCAGCUUAUCAUGUCUCUGUACUUUCUGAUACUCCAGCCGCUCCUGAAUCCGCUCAUGUUUGGACUGCAGAUGUCCAAAAUAAGAAACACGUGCAAACAUUUCCUCAGUAAGAAGAAGCUGACUGAGAGCCCAUGUAAGAAACGUUUCUAUGUACAGUGACCUUAAAAGACGGCCGGUGUUCUGCCGAGUUGUC